UUCGGACAGUAAACAAAAAAGCUAACCUACGAAUUUCGAUUUAAAAUAGUUUUAAAAGAUUUUAUUAUUGUGAUAUUCUAACGUAUUAGUUUUAAAAAAUGAAUGAGAGUCUAGAUAUUUCCUUCGUGGAUAUUAACAAAUUUAUAAAAACCGACAUCUUGGAAUCGCCCGAAGGCUGUGAAUUUAAUCAAAGUGCUACAAAUCCGAACCAAACAACCGCAGUACAGGAUGUAGAAACAUCUGUAAGUACCGGCGAACGGUACGAAGUUAAAUGUGAAGUGUGCCGAGUCUCUUUUAGCUCGAAAAGACUAUUUCACAAACAUUCAGAGACACACUUGACCGAGAAAGGGAUUAGCGAAGCUAAUUCAGAAGCAGAGAUUGAAUUAGAUGUGCAAAAAUACGAGUGCACCCAAUGCGGUAAAUGUUAUAAGCACAAAACAAAUUUAAUUGCGCACACAAAGAUUCACCAAGGAUACACGUAUCGCUGUGAUAUAUGCGGUCAGACUUUCAAUUAUAAACAGCAAUUGAAGAUUCAUCAACUCAAACACAACGAUACCAGACAGUUUGUUUGCAACACUUGCGGUAAAGGAUUCAAAUUAAAACAACAGUUACAAAGGCACCAACUUACACAUCAAGAUUAUCGACCCUUUCCUUGCGAUCAGUGUGAAAAAUCCUUCAAACUCAAGCAACAAUUACAAAAUCACCAGGUUAUACAUUUGAAUAUAAAGCCUUUUGAGUGUAGUCAAUGCUUCAAAAGAUUUCGUUUGAGACCACAGCUAGAUAUCCAUUAUAGGGUGCAUGAUAAAUUGAAACCUUACGAAUGUGAAGUGUGUGGCAAGUUUUUCUCGUUGAAGCAAAACUUAAAUGUACAUUUAUUCAAUCAUACCGAUGACAAACCGUUCAAAUGUGAGCAUUGUUUCAAAGGGUUUGCUACUAAACAAAAUUUAACAGUUCACCAAAAAACUCACAAGAAAGGAAAAUGAAUUUUAGGAUAGUUGUGAUCAAGUUAUAAAACAAUACAGUUUCUCAUUGAAGGGAGAUAUUGUGGUUCUUCUGGUCAUCAUUUUUCAGUAAAUCAGAUGAACUAAUGUACAAAAAUCUGUUCAAAAAAAAUUGUGUGCACUAUGUGCGCAUAUUUGAGUGAAAAUUCUUACUAACAGCUAUUAAACUGAAGAAUUUAAAGGACAUUUUGAAAGUGUAGUUUGAAAUGUCGAAAAAGUAAUAAAUUAAAAACUUGCAUAAUAUGCAAUUUGUAUUAAAUUAUCAAUAUUUUUGAUUAACACGUGGGGUCUGGUCCACUUUAGGUACGUAAAAAUUUAACAAAUUUUCUAUACAGAAUUGAGAAGAGGAACACUUAUAAUGACAUUUUCUAACAAAAAAAGUGCGGAUCGUCCAUAAAUAACACCAAAAACAAACCCCCCAAAAAGAAUGUUGUAACCAAUGCAAUAAAAACUCAGUUACGGCGGACGUUUUUACCAUUGUGAUCCUCUUCUCAACCUUUAACACAGAUCAGAAUAUAAUAUCUAUUCUUAUCAGCUUAAUAUCGCUACCGCUAUUUUUCAAAAUUAAUAUGAAAGUAUAAAUAAAACAAAAUUCCGAUUUUCAAUAUUUCAUUAUUACCGCCAGCGAUAUACGCAGACGCGAGCAAAAGACAAAUAAACCUAAAUCUGCGUCUUCCUUGUCACUCUUAUUAAACUUAAUAAGGAAAGCUAAAUUCUAACCUCAAAAAAUAAAUAAUUUUAUUGCAGAAAUCUCAAACAUUUAGCCGAGUAUCCGUACGAUCCGUACUUAAAACGUUAAAACAUUAAUUGUAGAAUAUAUUAAUAUCAAAUUUAUAUCAAUAACUUCAAGAUUGACGACGUACCUAAAGUGGACCAUUACCAACUAAGGUCCUAAGGACCAUCACCAACUCUAAGCCGUAGGCUGUAUCUCACUAGCUUCUGUGUCAAGGCCUUGAAUUUUUAUUCCCGGCGUGCGUAAAGAAAUUCAAUUUAAUAGCUGUUAGUAAGAAGUUUCACUACAUAAUUUUUCUACACGUAUCUCUAGGCUGAAAAUAAUUUAAAAUAUGGCUUUCCAAAAUUAGUUUGUUGUGUCAAAGUGUCAAAUGCAUCAUAAAUACCUACUAUAUCUUCGUACUGGCAACAUUGUAAAAUCAUGACGUCAGUCGUUUGUAAGUGGCACUAAAAAGAUUUCAGAAAUGUUUCCUAAAUUAAGUCUUUACUGACUGAUAUACAUAUUUCUAGUCAAAAAAUAUAUUAAAAAUCUAGUUUUCGUAAAUUAAUUUUGCUGUAAUAACAAUGUGCGCGUUCAGGGAACACAGCGGCUGAUUGACCGUUGAGAAUUCAGCGGCGUUGAGAGCUCAGCGGCUGACCGAUUUUGUGUGUCAAAAUAGACCGUUUAGCGAACUCGCUUACUCAGUUUCUCAGCCGCUGACCGUCCCUGAACGCGCACAAUAUCUUAGAAAGUAAAGUAAAAAUCCUCAUACUGGCAACGCUGUUCAGAUUUGUCAGUGGCACUAAAAAGUUUUCAGUCGUUUUUAAAAUAGGGGCUUUAAAAAAGGAUUUAUUACCUUAGAUUAAAAAUAUAAAAGUUAUUAUAGUCUGUCGAAGGAGAGGACACAUGACAGUGACAGUCGUGUCUGUCAUUUUCCUUCACAGGUAAAUUGUAUUUUCUGUCAUUUUUUGGAUGUAGUCUGUCGAAAUCUUCCCGGACUCGUUGGCCAGACUUUAGUAUGUACUGAAAGUAGAGAUUGAAAGACAGAGAAGAGAUUUCUGUUAUCUGUCUGUCAUACUUUAAAAUAAAUAAGUAUUUAUUGGUGUAUAAAUAAAUGCUCUGUAGAAUUCUACAAACAAUGUGGUUUAUAAAUUUGUAAUAGGACUUUUAAUGGACUCAUUGCUUGUAAAAAUUUUAUUUUUUAUUUUAUACCGCGAGUUUCAAAUCCGACUCGUAAUAAUACGAGAGUUAAAUUUGAAACCACCGGUAUAGAAAAAUUAAAUUUGCCUAUAAAAAAGUGUCAAAUAAUUUUUAAAAAAUAAUAGCCUGUUUCAUGUUGUAUUUUUUUCCAAAAUUUGUAUAUUUUAUUAAUUGUUUUUUU